CCUCACGAUCGUUCCGACCUGACCAUCUUUACGAUUUUAUGUCCUAUGAACACCGGCUCGAGUUCUGAAUAGGGAAAGUGUUAGUGCUGGAUAUCAGUUGAACGACAACCGACUUUGUACCAGAGCUCAUAUCGCGACGCGCUGAGCUCCACGACCAUUCGACAUGAAACUCUCCACAUUCCAGACCGCCCUUGGCGCGGCCUCAUUAUUCUUCAGUGCCCAACCGGUCUCUGCCGGUCAUGGGGGUCAUCGCCAUCUCCAUGAACGUUCCACAAGGAGACAAAGUCGUGUCGAGGAGACCAUUGAGAGCGUUGAGAUGCCUCAGCUGCAAAAGCUGCAAAAGAGGAAACCCCAAUGUUCUCUGCCCGAUCACCCAGACCUUGUGUUUGUUCCGGGGGGCAUGAACAAUGGUUUCGCCAUGAGCCCCGAUGAGCCAUGUGAGGAUGGAAAAUGGUGCCCAUACGCGUGUGUUCCUGGAAAGGUUAUGGCGCAAUGGGAACCAAACUCGACCUAUCAGUAUCCCCAGUCAAUGCAUGGCGGUCUGUAUUGCAAUAAAGGAAAGCCUGAGAAGGCCUUCGACGACCAGCCAUACUGUGUAGAUGGAACCGGUGCUGUUCAGGUAGUUAACAAGGCUGGAAAGGUUGUGUCCUUUUGCCAAACUGUCUUGCCUGGUAAUGAGGCCAUGAUUAUCCCCACCGACAUCCAGGGCCAGUCCAAGAUCGCUGUGCCUGGACCCUCUUAUUGGGCCUCGACCGCUGCGCAUUACUAUAUCAACGCGCCUGGCGUCUCUUCUGCAGAGGGCUGCAUUUGGGGUAGCCCAAGCAAGCCCAUCGGAAACUGGAGUCCUUAUGUUGCUGGAGCAAACACCGUUUCCGCUGGUGAGACGUAUGUGAAGAUUGCGUGGAAUCCCAUUUACAUGGACUGCGACUGGAAGAAGACGAAGCCCAGCUUUGGUGUCAAGAUCGAGUGCCCCUCUGGAGGUUGCAAUGGUUUGCCGUGCUCUAUCGAUCCUUCCAAGCAUGGUGUUGGAGGCCUGGAAAGCCCAGUCUCCACCACGGGUGUCGGCGGUGCUCAGUUCUGCGUUGUCACCGUUCCCAAGGGACAGACUGCCAACAUCGUGGUGUUCAACGUCGAUGGUUCCAGCGAUGAGCCCAAGACAUCGACCACCAAGAAGCCUGAUCCUCCCAAGACCACCUCGACGCCCCCGCCGCCCCCGCCGCCUAAGACCUCCUCUACCACGAAGGCACCCACGACCACAUCAACUCCUCCUCCCACCACUUCUUCUUCUUCUUCUUCUUUUUCUUCGGUCCGCACGUCUUCGGCUCCAGUAUCCUCGGCUCCAGUAUCCUUGGUAAUCAGCAUAGUAGAGUCUUCUGUUGAGUCCUCCGAGACACCAUCAGCCUCGAAGCCCUCGCUCUGGGGUGGUGGUAUCUUCAAGGAGAACGGUGCCGAUUCAACCCCUACUAGCCAAGCCCCCGAGACAACGGAAACACCGAAAUUAACGGAAACCGAAGAGCCCGCACCUGUCUCGACCACAUCGAAGAAGAACGAUGGCGCUGCUCAAGAAGGUGGCGCUGCCAUUGCAGGCUUGGUCGUCGCCAUCGUCGCCGCUGCAACUCUCCUCUAGAAUGCUGUCUCUGCACAAAUCUAGAACGAGUUGGGCCCCAGUAUCCCGCUGGGAGGCCGAUUCUUUGCUUUCUUGUAUACGACGUUGGAUUAUCUUCUUCAUCAGAUUUCGCGGCCACGAUAUACGAGAUACAUCCGGUCGAAAUCUACCUGACUCUGCUUCUUUUCUUCGAUUUUCGGGAAACGGCGACGAACAGCGACGACAUGACAUACCCGUCUGAAACG